AUGGCAACUCGUGCACGUGCAGAAAAGGGCCGGUUUAUGGCCGGGAAUACAGAACUUGAUAUUAUCCCGCAAAAAUGGAAGCAGGAAUGGGUAUUUCAUCAAAGUUCUAAGGAUGGAAAAAGCAAUAAUAAUAUUGGUUUUAAAACCCUUUGUUGGGUUCCAGUUAAAGAUAUCGAAACAUCAGAAUCUAUUAAAACAUCAGAAGUCGAGGAUGUUCCUAAUUUAGCAGGAACGAUGAGUUCGGAGGAAAAUAAAGAGCAAAAGUCAGUGAUGGAAAAUUAA